GGAUCCGCCACCGGAUCCGCGGACGGUUUACUGAGCCCGUUAGUGCCCCCGUCGAGACUCACGUCGCCGUCAUGUCCCGCUACCUGCGCCCCCCCAACACGUCCCUCUUCGUAAGGAACGUGGCCGACGACACCAGGUCUGAAGAUUUACGACGAGAAUUUGGUCGUUAUGGUCCUAUAGUUGAUGUGUAUGUUCCACUUGAUUUCUACACGUGCCGUCCAAGAGGAUUUGCUUAUGUUCAAUUUGAGGAUGUCCGCGAUGCUGAAGACGCUUUACAUAAUUUGGACAGAAAAUGGAUUUGUGGACGCCAAAUUGAAAUACAGUUUGCACAGGGGGAUCGGAAAACUCCAAAUCAGAUGAAAGCCAAAGAAGGGAGAAAUGUGUACAGUUCUUCACGCUAUGAUGAUUAUGACAGAUACAGACGUCCUAGAACCCGGAGUUAUGAAAGAAGAAGAUCAAGAAGCCGGUCCUUUGAUUACAACUAUAGGAGAUCUUAUAGUCCUAGAAACAGUAGACCGGCUGGAAGACCACGGCGUAGCAGAAGCCAUUCCGACAAUGAUAGAUAA